AUGGCAAAGAGAGAAAAAGCAACAUUACCUUCAAUUCGUACACGUCAUAUAACCUGUUUUUACUGUACAGCCGUAUCAUUAUUAAUAUUAUCUAUUGUUUUAUUUGUAUUAGCUAAUGGUCCUGAUCAAGCACAAGCAUUUGGUGGUAAUCGCAGUAAGACACCAGUAAUUGUAAGUGCAAGUAUUAUACUUAUAUUAUCGAUUGUUAUUGUCAUAUGGAUAACAUAUUAUACAAUCAACUAUUGUCGAUUGAAAAAACAGAAUCAACAACGUACAAUUUUAAAUAAUAACAAAAAUAUCAUAACAGCAUCAACAACAACAUCAAUUGAAGAUGAAACAAUCAUUUCAACAAUAGAAAAUAGAGAUGAUCGACAACGUCGACUUAGAAAUAAAAAUUAUUUAGAUGAUAAAAAAAUACCACCGAUAAAAGUCAAUUAUGUUUCAUAUGAUAAUAAAGCAUUUUCGUCUAUUAAUGAUGAAAAUUCAUUUUCAGUAGAUAUACCCGAUAAACCGUAUUCAUAA